AAACACCAAAACUCCCCGACAUCGUUUCUGCCUUCACAUUGGCCUCACCUGGCCACAAGUUCAAAAGUCAUUCUCAAGCCUCUUGCAGUCAGGUACCCGCCUCAAACAUGGCCACGCUCGAGAAUCACGCCGCAGGAAUCCAGCCCAGCAGCUCUGGCUCACCUCUCCAUCAGCCAAAUGAGGAGAAAAUUAACAAUGUCCACUCUCCUAGCAACGAGGCCAAGCGUCAGGGUGAUGGAGAGUUGUCGCAAGAUGGCCCGGUGGCAAAGCGGGCACGCACUGGCGAUGUUGACGACCGGCCAUUUCUGAUCAAUGAAGAAUUCGAGCUAGAGGAAAUCCUCGCGGAGGAUUUUUUCCACCCAGUGAAUAACAUCGACCAUAGUAGUACUGAGAAACUAAAGGCAUCAUCUAAAGGUCGUACUGAAUCUCAGACGGAGGUUGAGUAUGAUGAUGACGACUUGGUUGAAAUUCUGCGCGAGGAUACCAAGCUAGGAACCUUUGCCUCGCCUGUCGAGGCCGUGAAGCUGGAUAUUGACCCUACUCAGCCCAAGAACCACGACGACGACGACGUCGUGAUAAUCGACAGCCCAGUGGCGAGCCAUGAGGCCUCGAGCGUCCACAGCCAGCCUGUGGAAAGCAUAAAACCCGUCCAAGACGUCGCCACUUCCGCCCAGGAAACUCUCAACUACGCCAUGGCAAAAGACACACUGGGAGCGCUUGCGGACUGCACCGCAAUCCGAUUCGUGCUCUCGCAGGCUCCCAACAUCGUGCACCCACACUCGUGGGAAAAGGCCCGGGACAUACUCACCAAGGUUCCGCCCGCGAGGGACGACUAUGACAUCUUCAAGCGUCUGCUGUUCACCUGGUACACCGACCGGAUUGACCCGAUGGUAGAGGCCGAGGAUGAGAAUUCAGGCGAGGAGGUUGCAGAGGAGGUGGAGGAGGCGGAGGAGGAAGCCGAGCCCGAGGAGGACUUGGCCGACAAGGUCUUUGAGCCCUACGUGGCCAUGAUCAAGCAGCUGAUGGAGCAGGUGGAAAAGUCAAAGAGCGAGAUGCGGGCGGACAAAAAGUUUGCUGCGGUGAACGAGGAUACUCAGUUCUUGAAGAAGCUGGCGGACAAGCUGCAAGACCUUUGGGUUCGGCUCUUGUCUUCGACAGACGAGAAGACUCUGAAGUUCUCGCGCAGGGUCAUCGCCGAGGAGCUGCAAGAAGAGAUUGAUCAGGUUCUCGACCACCUCGAAUACAAGAAGCAGAGGGAUGCUGAGGCCGAGGCCGAGGCGACUGCUACUGUUGCUACUGCUGCUGCCAUUGCUGAAGCUGCCAACGAGCAACGUGUGGGAACUUCCGAGCCCGCUACCGAUCAAUCAGAUAUGGAGAUUUCGCUGAUCAACGUAGACCAGGAGAAGGAUCACGAAGACGGUGCCGACUCUGGCGGCGCUAGCGGCGACGAUGCUGACCGCCAGAAGAAAGACUCGCCGGCCGACGAGGCCCUCACCCCACCAAGCACCGCAUCAGGCAGCAUGUAGGAGAUCUCUGGUCCUUGUAAUCCCUGGACCCAGGUUGGUUCGAGGUUGCCACAUUUGCAAAUCAAGAACCGCUGAUCUCUGGGAGUGAGCGGGAUCUUCAAUGCAUGCCUUGGUCUGCCCAACGGGAUGCACACAUGGUGAUUUUCGGAGAUAGGUUCCUCGCUCAAGCAAGAUGUUCUCAUGGGCUCCAUAGAAUAAUGUCUAUUUUUGGGCCGGAGAAGGUGAGUUUACAGGAUUUCGUAUUGGCGGAG